UUUAUAACACACGCUACAUGGGUGAACUGCAAUGAAACAGGAUGUAUAAACAAUGUCUAUAGUGGAAUAAUUUUAAGGCUGGAUACUAGAUGUCUAGAGUCAUCUUCUUCAGUGCUCUAGUGACCCUGUGCUGUGUGAUAGGAGGAGUGCAGUCACAGUCUAGAGAGUGUGUUGUUCAGAGCAGCCAGAAAGACAGGGUAGACCCAGGCAUUGUCUUGUGCAUGAGCAGACCUGACGCAGUCGAGAUCGGUCAAAAUACCACCCUGGAGAUAUGGACAAAGCGCAGUGAUAACUACACCAGUAGCCCGUUGACUCUGGUUGUGAGCUACAAGCAAGAGGGUAUCGUUGAUGGACCUGAUUCAGUGACCCUCCAUGGUGGUAACAAGAGCACGGUGGUACUGUAUGGGUCGGGGGCUGGACGCACUCUCGUCUCUCUCUCCUGUCCCAACAACACUGACAACGAUACCUGCCCUUUCUCAGAAGGCUAUUUGGGAGGGGCCCAGCGUGAGGUAGUCAUAGCACAUUCUCUACCACUUAAUAUUAUCAUCGCCAUCGUUGGCUGGAUCUACUUUGCCGUAUGGACAAUAUCUUACUAUCCUCAGAUUAUCCUCAACUUCCGCAGACGCAGUGUGGUAGGUCUCAACUUUGACUUCCUAGCUCUGAACAUCACUGGUUUCCUCUGCUACUCUGCAUUCAACGUAGGCCUUUUCUGGAUCACCCCAGUACAGCAAGAAUAUUUUCUCCGUCAUCCUGCUGGAGUGAAUCCAGUACAGAUCAACGAUGUUGUCUUUGCUCUGCACGCUGUGGCUGCUACUUCCUUUGAAAUAUUCCAGUGUAUAAUCUUCAAGCGAGGAGGUCAGAGAGUGUCUUAUUCAGGAUUACUAAUAGUGGCUGCCAUGUGGUUGGGGAUAUUCAUCAGCCUGUUUGUAUCAGUAGGGCACAAGCUGUCCUGGCUCAACUAUCUCUACGUCCUCUCCUACGUCAAACUGGCCGUAACCGUCCUUAAAUACUUCCCUCAGUUGUGGCUCAAUUGCAAGCGUAAGAGCACUGAGGGAUGGAGCAUCAGUGCUGUGCUGCUGGACUUCUCUGGAGGAGUCUUCAGUGUACUGCAAAUGUUCCUGCUCUCCUACAAUUAUAAUGACUGGCCCUCCAUAUUUGGCGACCCCACCAAGUUUGGAUUGGGUGCAUUCUCAAUACUUGUCAACAUUCUCUUCAUCAGCCAGCAUUACAUCAUCUACCCCAAGAGAAAGAGAAAGAAGAAAUACGAAAAGAUUGAAACGUCGUCUACUAUCUCGCAAGAUGAGUACACUCCACUUCUUACAGAUACAGACGAGACUAUCAAGACAACAAUCAAUGGAACUACUGAUAAAAAAAGACGUAGAACAUUGUUGAAAUAUUUUGCUUAGUCUAAUUUUUUGUAUGGAAUUUGGUGGAUUAUUUCUCGAGGGCGUUCUA